UUUUUGAAAAUAGCAAAAAAAAUUGGAAUUCUGAACGUUUUAAAAUUUGAUUUUUAACUGAAUGCUUUUGACAAUUGUAAAUUUAAGAAACAAAUUCUAAAAUAAAAAUAAACAUGGAAGGGAGAAAAGAUAUACGAAAUGGAGAUUAAAAAUAUAAUUAAAACAGAGAGACAAAGCAAAAUGGGCUAACCCAUUAUUGGUUGUCCUGUGUGAAGCUCCGACUAUUGUUCGCCCAGUGCGGAAAAUAAAAUUUUCCCAGCUAUGCGGGUAGAAAAAAGUGGGCUGGCUUUACUGGGCCACAUACAAAAUUCUGGAAAAAAAUUAUUUUCCGUGUUGAACGGAUGAGAAAAUUAACGAAAUGCACCUUGCUUUAUUAGUAGGUAUAGAUAUAGAUAUUAUCUUAUUUUUAUUUGAUAAAAAAUAGAAAUUCUCUAGCAAAUUAGGGUGGCAUGUAAAAUACACAUAGAGGAUAAAGGAAAAAAGAUCCUAAUCCUAGGGUUAAUCAAUUUUAGCUAGUUGAUGAUGAGAAAAUACGAAUUAAUGGUAUUUUUUUUUUGAGAAAAGCUCGCCAAGCCUUUAUUGAUCACCUAAAAUGUUUAUAGGGAUUACAAUUGGGUCAUGCUGGAUGCCCAACCACAAAUGCCUCCCAGCAGGAAGAGAGAUACCAAAUCUAGCAAGUCUAUGAGCCUCAUAGUUCGACUCUCGAGGUUCAAAGGAAAAAUUACAAGUCAUGAAUAAGACGGAAUUUUGUAAGAUCUCUUUGAUGAUAAUGAUAAUGGUCUUAGGGCAAUUUAGUUCGGGGAAAUGGGCGUAGGCCUGAAUACGCUGGGCUAAUAACGGCCCAGGGCCUGGAUGAUCAAUGCACGAUCAUAUUCGGAUCGGUAAAAACCGCACCAAAAAAACCAAAAAAGACUCGGAUCGAUCCUUGGGGUUGCAUAAUUGUUUUUAGGGGGUCGGUGCAUAAAUAUGGAGGCACCUAGUUGAUGGACUCGUGGGCUCAGAAGUCGUUGCAACAGAUUGGAAACCUAACCUAAAAAUACGCGCAUCCGAUGCCGCCGUUUCGACGGGACCGCGCCCGUCCCUCGGCGACGCCACCACCGUACACCAACGGGUGGCUGUGGCGGCACCAGCAACGACACCGGACCAGGCGCGCCGGCGCCGAGGGAAAAAAGGCUCUGCCUGGCGUGUCCUCGUCCGCCACCGACAUCGUCCGCUGCGGGGCGACGUGCAGUCACUCGGUAAACGCCGUGGCCACGCACGCCGACGCCAUCUCCCGCUCUCUGCCGCCGCCCGCGCAAUUCCUCCCCCACCUCGCUCUCGGCUUCUUCCACCAGGAAGCCCGCGCCCCCCGCGCCUCCCCCGCGCUGCCGCCGCGCUUCGUCCCGACGGAAGCCGCCUCGCGCCUCCUGGGCCCCCGCCCCCAGCUCGAACACGUCGCCGCCGGGCUGUUCGACCACGCCCGCCCUGUCGCAUCCCGCAACGGCCGUGUUGUCCUGGAGCUCCGGCGCGAGGCGCGCGCCGACGGCCUUACGCUCAGCGUGUGCAACCCCAUGACGGGGGAAAUCUCCAUGCUCCCUCCGCUCUCCGGCGACCACUGCCCCGGGCACUACGUGUGUGCGAUACUCACCGGCGACGACCUAGACGUGCCCGCGCCGUCGGGCUUCUUCCGCGUGCUCCUCGUCUACAACCGCCGUAGCUUCACGGCGCUGCGCUCCUGCUCCUCUGCCGACGCCGACGCCGGCGUCGCAUGCCGCUGGGGGCCGGAAGAAAGGAAACCCGGCGCCAAGAUCAGCGCCAACAUGCUGCGCGGUCUUGGCCACGCCGUCGUGGUCGGCGGCGCGGCCUACUGGCCCAUGCACCACGAGGCGUUCGGCGUGCGGCUCGACGGCCCGCCGUCGGAGCCCAUGGAUAUGUGUCCGGUGCCCUACAGGCAGUCGCACUAUUACGCCGGCGAGCGCCUGCUGGGCACCUCCCCGGACGGGAAGCGCCUGAGCCUCCUCGACGUGGGCUUCCUGGGAUGCACGGACUUCUGCAUCAACAUCGAGACCCAGACGGCUGCCGGCGGGGAGUGGGAGGGGCACGAACAGGCCCGACUCAAACUCAUCAGCCUACCCGAGCUCGGGAUUACCAUGACAACGGCGUUUAAGCUGCGGUGGUUCGGCGAGAAGAGCGGCACCGUGAUAUUCACCGUCGGAGAAGGAGGAGGGUGCACCAGUCAGGGCGUCUUCAUAUUGAACAUCACGACAAGAUGCCUCGAGAAGGUUGCCGACGGCGUCGAGUGCCACGCGUGGAAAUACUUGUGCGGCUACGAGAUGGACCGCGAGGCGCUCUUUGCGUCGUCCGAUAGAUCGGUCCUGACUUCUCGCUAAAAAUAGCUCGAGUACCUCAGCACAUGCCCAUGACAACGCUUCGGUCCUGACUUCUCGCCAAUAGCUACCUCAGCACAUGCCCAUCAGAACGCUUGUUUUUUUUUUAAAAAAAAAUCGGGAAAUAAACUUCUGCCGUGUGUCUCUUGCACGGGAUCUUGAUUUUGUUUCAUGGAUGUGUGAAAAUUGAAUGAAACAUACUCCCUCCGUUUCUAAAUA